GGGCGGCGGGCUGACAGGCAGGGAACGGCAGCGAUCUUGGGCUUCCCCGACGAACCCGAGGCCGGCCGCUUGUCUCCUGCCAUACAGGCCGCUCCUCGCCCGGCUGGGCCCCGAUUUCCUGACUGACCUCCCGGGCUCUGACUAACCGUGUGACUGACGCGCUGACAGCCCUGGCCAGAAGGACCUACUUCCACCCAUGGCGCGUGUCAGGAGUAGGGUAGAGAAAGACUCAGACACCCACGCACCGCACCCGUUUCUCUUCUUUUUCUCCUACUUCUCUCUCCUCGAAGGACUCGAGCCGACUUACACACCAAUUAGGAGCCCAGGCACCCUAGCACCCCAGCAGGAGACCCAGGCCUCACCCCGUCCCCUCCAGGUCUCCCCACCUCAGUCCUCCUGUGCUCCAGGCACAGGGUCCCCCCGGUCCACGCCCCCGUCCUCGUGGUGCCCAUCCCAGCCCCGCCCAUCUCUCCUGCAGGUCCACAGCAUGCCGCAGCAGCACCCAGAGGUGGACAUGCCCCACGUAGAGUUCAAGGACCAGGAGCCACAGCUGCUGGGGGAGAACCAGGAACAGCAGCAGGGUGAGGAGACCCGCGAUGAGGAGGCUUGUCAAGGGCCAGCUAGUCAGGUUUCUAGCCCCUCUGUCGCCACCUCCAGUGCCAACCGCCAGCUGAUGAUGCUGGAAGGAAAGUCAGGACCCUACUUUUCCUCUCUGGACUCGAGCAUCGACAUGCUGAAGAAGAGGGCCCAGGAGCUGAUAGAAAACAUCAACGAGAGCAGACAGAAGGACCAUGCCCUCAUGACCAACUUCAGAGACAGCCUCAAGAUCAAGGUUUCAGACCUGACAGAGAAGCUCGAGGAGAGGAUGUAUCAGAUUUAUAAUCACCACAACAAGAUCAUCCAGGAAAAGCUCCAAGAGUUCACCCAAAAGAUGGCAAAGAUCAGUCACCUGGAAACAGAGCUCAAACAAGUGUGCCACACCGUGGAAACUGUGUACAAAGACCUUUGUGUCCAGCCUGAGGCUACUACUCUGGAAGAAGAACAGAUUCACAAAGAUGGCGAAUGCUGACAGCUACCAGGAGAGUCACUCUUAGUGACAGCCACCAAGGAAGGCCACCGUUUGGGCCAUGCUGAGAAAAUUGUUUUUCAGAGUUCUGCAAUGCUUCUUUGGCAAAAACAAACAAAACCCAACCGAGGCUCUUUGUGCCAGGCCUCAAAGCACAGCAAGUCCAGCCCCCACCACGGGCCCAGCUUUGGUACUCUCCCAGAUUCACCCCACCCCAACCCCACAGUUGAUUAAAUGUUUGAUUUUCAA